ACCAAGAAAUGGUGGAAAAUAUUGUGUAGGGAGGAGAUUGAAAUUUCGAUCUUGUAGUACCGAUCCCUGUCCAAAAGGAAAGAAGGAUUUUAGAGAAGUGCAGUGCUCUCAUUUUGAUGGCAAACAUUUUAACAUUAAUGGUCUUACAACUAAUGUACGCUGGAUUCCAAAAUAUAGUGGCAUCUUAAUGAAAGAUCGCUGCAAGCUAUUUUGUCGUGUUUCUGGGACGUCGUCUUAUUACCAGCUGAAAGACAGAGUUGUUGAUGGUACUCCUUGUGGUCCUGAAACGGAUGACUUGUGUGUUCAAGGGUUGUGCAGGCAAGCAGGUUGUGAUCAUGUUCUAAAUUCCAAAGCAAGGAAAGAUAAAUGUGGUGUUUGUGGCGGUGAUAAUUCCUCCUGUAAAACUGUGGCGGGAACCUUUAAUAAAGCUCAGUAUGGAUACAAUACCAUUGUUAAGAUUCCAGCUGGAGCAACAAAUAUUGAUGUGCAUCAACAUAGCUAUUCAGGAAGAUCUGAUGAUGACAAUUACUUAGCUUUAUCUGACAGUCAUGGAAAUUUCAUCCUCAAUGGCAAUUUUGUUGUAAGCAGAUUUAAAAGGGAAAUAAAUUCUCGGGGUGCUGUUUUGGAAUAUAGUGGUUCCGACAAUGUUGUAGAAAGAAUUAACUGUACAGACCGUCUGGAGGAAGAUUUAAUUCUACAGAUCUUAUGUGUUGGGAAUUUAUACAAUCCUGAUGUACGGUACACAUUUAGUAUUCCCAUCGAGGAUAAGAGUAACCAGUUUUCAUGGGAUUGGUAUGGACCAUGGCAGGCCUGCAAUAACAUAUGCCAAGGUGUCCGCAAGAGAAAGGUGACUUGCCUACGUAGAAAUGACCGUGUUGUUGUUUCUGAGCAGAGAUGUGAGAAUUUACCUCGCCCUGAAUCCAUAACUGAACCAUGUAAUACAGACUGUCAGUUAAGGUGGUAUGUGACUAGUAAAAGUGAAUGUUCAUCACAGUGUGGACCUGGACACCGAUCCUUAGAUAUAAGCUGUAUAAAAUAUUCUUCUGAAAGAGGCCUGACUACUCCAGUAGAAGAUAAAUUCUGCAACAGCUAUCCUAAACCUGCGCAUCGAGAACUUUGCCAUGGGGACUGCCUCUCUGUCAGUUGGCGUUAUUCAGAAUGGUCCCAGUGCUCUCGGAGCUGUGGAAAUGGCAUGCAGUCAAGGGAAGCCUACUGUAUGAACAACUUUGAACACCGUUUGGUUGAUCGAGAGUGCAACGAGGAUCAUAAAAUUGUAACCCAGACCUGUAAUGAACACUCUUGCCCUGCCUGGAUUACAAGUGAAUGGAGUGAGUGCCUUGUUACAUGUGGAAAAGGUAACAGACGCCGUCAUGUGAUGUGCCAGUUAAAUGAUGAACAACUGAAAGAUGAUUAUUGUGAUCCAAACAACAAACCUGAAUUAGUCAUAUCUUGUGAGCUUCAAGAAUGUGCUUAUUGGCAUAUGGGACCUUGGGGACCAUGUUCAGUUAGCUGUGGACAUGGCUACCAGCUUCGCACUGUAAAGUGCAGUACAGGAACUUACGAGCCAGCUUUGGAUGAACGUGAAUGCAAUGCAGCUUCUCGGCCAACAGACAGCCAGGAUUGUGAAAGGAUUCCUUGUCCAGUACAGUCCCGUAUGUUACCAACUAUCUCUCCUGCAGAUCAAGUACAUAAAAAUGCACAAUGGAGAUAUGGUUCAUGGACGCCAUGCUCUGCCUCUUGUGGAAGGGGUAACCGUGCUCGAUAUGUCAGCUGUCGAGAUGCACUGGGUGGAGUAGCCGAUGAAUCAUUUUGUACAUAUCUAUCACGUCCGUCUGAAGUCUCUAGCUGUUUUACACCAUGUGGAGAAUGGCAAUCUGGUGACUGGUCUCCUUGUCCAGUAACAUGUGGAAAGGGAAAAGUUAUGAGACAAGUUAUUUGCACAAGUUAUCAUGGAAGGAUUGAUGUUGAAAACUGUGAUCCUGAUGGCAGGCCUAUAACAGAACAAGAGUGCAAUAUGGCGCCAUGUCAGGGACACAACCAUUUUCCUGGUAAUCAUAACCAUCCAAUGCUGUUUCCACCAGAAAGCCCACAAAAAUCUAGAGAAUAUGAUGUACACAAUUCAAUCAACCAACGAAACGAGCCUGCUUGGGGAAAUCAGUGGAGGACUGGACCAUGGGGAGCAUGUUCCAGCACUUGCGCAGGUGGUUUUGAGCGCCGAGUUGUUGUGUGCCAAGAUAGUGAAGGAAGGAUUAGUCAUUAUUGUGAUGAGUCAACCAAACCUGCAGAAUCAAGACAAUGUGAUUCUGGACCCUGUCCUCAUUGGAACUAUGGAAGCUGGGGAGAAUGCACCCAAACAUGUGGCGGUGGAAUGAAAACAAGAUUAGUGAUCUGUCAGCUGACAAAUGGACAAGUGUUGGAUGACCAAAACUGUGAAAUUCUUGAUAAACCACCAAAUGUGGCACAGUGUAACACACAUAUAUGCCCUGCUGAUGCUUCUUGGCAUCUACGACCAUGGAAAUUGUGUUCUGUCACCUGUGGAAAAGGGAUAAAACAUAGGGAUGUUCAAUGUAUGCUCAAUGAACAGCCUGUAGAGGACUUACAUUGUAAACAUAAUAGGAAGCCUCGUGUACAGAAGAUGUGUAGGAUGGGCAGAUGUCCUUCGUGGAAAACUGGAAAGUGGGAAGAGUGUUCUGUGACCUGUGGAGUGGGAAUUCAGCACAGACAUGUGUACUGUAGGAUGAAAGGACAAGGCCGAAUUGAGGAAACGUUGUGCAAUCACACUGCUCGUCCAGACAGUCAACAAUCCUGUAUAUUACCAGAGUGUAUCCAGUAUUAUUGGGUUGCAGAUGAGUGGCCUAGUUGUUCUGCAGACUGUAAACAGGAAGAAUCCAGGAGGAAGAUAAAAUGUAUGGAUAUCAAUGGUAGACCAGUGAAUGAAUCAUACUGUGAUGCUGCGGCUAAACCAUCUGCUACUAGGAAAUGCAGUAAUGCUGCAUGCAAGUACAUACUUGUCACUAAAGAUGUUUCCCAGUGUUCCAGAAGUUGCUGGUUUGGCUACAAAAAAAAACUGACUUAUUGUAGAGGAGUACUGUCAAGGCAAAAUCAGUACGUAAAUGGCUUACGAACUGCCAGUUAUAAAAGCUGUCCUCUACGGCAAUCACAAAUUGAUCACAAAUGCAAUGGAAAGAGCUGUGUUCAAACAGUUUUAUGGAAUGUUGGAAAAUGGAGCAAGUGUUCAUCUGUAUGUGGUAUUGGCAUUAUCGAACGUAAAGUGGUAUGCAUGAGUGAGAACAACCAUUCUAGUGACCUGUGCCCAUUACAUAUGAAACCAAGAUCCAGGAAGUCAUGUUGGUCAAAAUACUGUAAGUAUUCAAUUUUCUGCAAGGAAAUUCGUCUCCUUAAAAACACACAAGCCAAUGGUGAAUAUACACUAAAAAUGAACAACAGAAAAGUGAAGAUCUAUUGUGCAGGCAUGGAGUCAGAUAAUCCAAAAGAAUAUAUAACCCUAGUUAAAAGUGAAGCUGACAACUUUUCUGAGGUGUUUGGAUACAGGCUAAAAAACCCAUAUGAGUGCCCUUUUAAUGGGAGCAGAAAACAAGACUGUGUAUGCAAAAAUGAUUACCUUGCUGCUGGCUUAACUGUCUUCAGUAAAAUACGACUGGAUAUAAUCUCAAUGCAAAUCAAAACUACAGAUCUUCUGUUUGCUCAAACAAUCCUUGGUAGAGCUGUUCCAUUUGCCACAGCAGGUGACUGCUACAGUGCUGCCAAGUGUCCACAGGGGCAGUUCAGCAUCAAUCUCUCAGGAACAGAUUUUCAAGUAUCAGAUGCAACCAAAUGGAUGGCUCAAGGAAAUUAUGCAACUGUCAAUGUGCACAAAUCACAGGAUGGGACUAAAAUAUAUGGAAGAUGUGGAGGCUAUUGUGGGAAAUGCAUUCCCCAUUCAGCUGUUGGCCUCCAGGUUCAAGUACAAGAACGUUAA